AUGAAGUCAGUGGGUAGGAUCAAGCAACGUCGUAUGUAUCCGGAUGUUGCAUCCAUUGACGCAAACAAUCCCCGCUCCCGCGAGAACGACAAGGCGGCCCCAGCCAUCAUCCAAUCAGUGCCGAUCGAUCCCAUAGCUGCCCCUGUAGAUCCCGUAGAUCCCUCAAUGGCCCUGUUUUAG